AUGAAAGAGUUUGAAAAGAUUAAGUAUCAAUUAUCUGAAACGAGAGGAUUUGUAAUGCGUGGUGAACAAAUUUAUAUACCUAAAGCUUCAAGAAAAGACAUCUUGAAGAAACUACAUGAAGAUCACAUUGGAACUGUGCGUAUGAAGAUAUUAACAAGAAGUAACUUCUUCUGGAUUAAUAUGAAUGCCCAAAUUGAAGAAAUAACGAAAGAAUGUGACACUUGUAUGAGUAUUGGACUGCCUAUUAGAAAACUUUUUUAUCAUUUCUGGAAACAGGCACGUGAAAGCUUUGACAGAGUUCACAUUGAUUUAUGCGGCCCAAUAGCUGGGGAAAUGUACGUUGUGAUCUAUGAUGCUUAUACCUGCUAUCCAUUUGUCGAAAGAAUUAAAAAUACGGAUUCAGAGAACAUUAUUGAGAUAUUGGACUUAGUUUUAUCGUUUUCUGUUUAA